AGCGCCCACGCGUCCCGCGCUGACCCCGUCGCGCGUCCCCGCGCACAAAGAGCCUCUGUCCCGUUCAGCGCUCGGCGCCGCCCACGCGUGUCCCGGCCCCACGCGGGGGUGUGUGUGUGUGUGCGUGUGUGUGUGUGUGUGUGUGUGUCCCACCGAAGGGGCUCCAGCGCCGCAGCCCCUUCCCCACGCGGGUCUGGGUCCCGCAGCCCACCCGCGACCACAGCCCCCGCCCCACGGCGCGGCCCCGCGCGGGACCCCCCGGCGGCCCCGCCCCGCCCCGCCCCCGCGAGUCUCGGCUCCGUGGCCGGGUCGGGCCCCACCGCGACCCCCGGCACCGGCGGCGAGCGGCCCCCCAGCCCCCGGGCGAUGGAGCCCGGCACCCCCCCCGCGCCCCACUGUGCGUUGGAGUCCCGGCCCCGCUACGAGCCCGUCCCCGCCGCCCUCUGCGCCCUCGGAGCCCUGUUCGGCCUCGUCUGCGGCUGCUUCGGGUACCGCUGCUUCAAGGCCAUCAUGUUCCUCUCGGGGCUGCUCCUGGGCUCCAUCAUCAUCUUCCUCCUGUGCUACAAGGAGCGGGUGCUGGAGACACAGCUGAGCCUGGAGGCCAGCGCGGGCAUCGCCCUGGGCAUCGGGCUGCUCUGCGGGCUGGUCACCAUGCUGCUGCGCAGCGUCGGGCUCUUCACCACUGGCCUGCUGCUGGGGCUGCUGCUGGCCACGGCCGCGCUGGCGGUGGCCGCGCCGGUGCUGCCGCCUCCCAGCCCCUGGGUGCCGGCGGGGACGCUGCUGGGGCUGGCGCUGCUCUGCGCCCUCCUGGCCCUGCAGUGGCCGAAGGCGCUGACCAUCUUCUCCACCGGCGCGUUCGGUGCCGCCGUGGUGGUGGUUUGCGCCGAUUACUUCGUGGAGGCGCUGGCGCUGGUGCUCUACGUCUACGAGCGGCUGCGGCUGGCGCCGGCGGGGCCGCUGUGCUGGCACAGCUGGGCGGUGCUGGGCGCCUGGCCGGUGCUCAGCCUCCUCGCCGUCCUGCUCCAGUGGAAGCUGACGGCCGACGGCUUCUCCCACACCGACGUCGUCCUCAGCCGGCAGCAGAAGCGGCUGCAGCUCCUGCGGGUCCGGCAGAAGGAGGCCGAGCGCCGGCGGAGCCUGGCCCCCCCCGAGGGCACCCACCGCCGCAAGCCCCCCCCCGCCCGGCGCUACGCCGGCGACGCGCUGGCCCCGGUGAGUGCGCGCCCCGGGGGGCCCGUGGCGGGGGGGUUCUGACCCCCGUGUCCCCCCAGAGCUACAUCCGGAGCCUGCAGGACCGCGCCGGGCCCCACCGCCGCACCCCUCGCCGCCCCCCGCGCCCCCUUGAGCACCCCCUACACCCCACCGCCGUGCCUUGGGGGCGCCAGGGCCCCCCACUCCCACUGUGCCUGCCUCUUUAAAUAGGCAAAUGAGAUGCCAGAUGCCCUGCCCACCCCCCAGGGUGUGGCCUGGGGAAGCAGGGCUUCAGAGCACCUCAGUGUUGGGGACCCCUCAGGGGCUGGGGGGCAAACCCAGUGCCCCCCUCUGCCGCCUGCCCCAUAACCUGCCCCCACCCCAACCCCUCGGAGGGGAGAGCUGGGGGGGGGGGGCACAGCCCUACCUCCCUGCCCCUGAGAGGACCCCUGAAAAAUAAAGCCCCAGUUUUAUUUUUGCAGGACCUACCCAAAUGCUGUGCACACACCGUGGGCCCGGCCCAGCUCCCCCCACAGCUGUGGAGGGCCCCAAAAGCCUUAAAACCCCCCCCUCCCACUGUGGGGGGGGCUCACCCUGCCAUGGGGCCUCCCCCGGGCCCCCCCCCCGCCCCCAGCCCCCCCAUCGGCAGAACCGAGCUCCCAGCGCCGCGUCACUACUGCAAUUUUAUUAUUGCAUGAUUUUUAAAAAUAAAGGGAGGGAGGGGCCGUAAUACAGAACACGAGGGGCCGGGGCUGAUAGAAGCGGGGGGGGGUGAGGGUGGGAGGGGGCCACUGCCCCGCCCUGGACGCAGCAUGGCCCCGCCCAAAAUCAAAUUUAAAAAAAUAAAAUAAAAUAAAAAGAGCA